AUUUGCUCGCUCGUAUAGUUACCUGUAAUCAUAUUCCGCUCAGGGUAAGGACAUUCACGAUGUGGCCUCUUCUCGCAUUCACCGCCGUACUCUUCGCCCGGUAUGCUUCCGCUCACGGCGGAGCUCUGAACUACACUGUCGGAAAUACAUGGUAUCCUGGCUAUGAUCCCUAUGGCGACCAGGCCAUCCAGGAUGCUGCCGCAUGGAUGCCACAAAGAAAAUGGACCUCCAACAACCCCAUCUUUGAGACCACCAAUACAUCUCUUUCAUGCAACACCCCCGGUACACCCGCCCGCGCCUACAUACCUAUUCGCGCGGGCGAAAACAUAACCGCCGUCUAUGCAUACUGGGUGCAUACCGUCGGCCCCAUGAUAGCCUGGAUGGCAUACUGCAACAACGCCGAGAAUGACUGCGCGACCUUUUCUAGCGAGACUGCAGAUUGGUUCAAAAUUGGCGAGAAGGGCUUGUCGGAAGGUAGCAUCGAAACUGGAGAGUGGUUCCAGAAGACGUUCAGUAUGUGGGAUGGGAGUCCAAGUUUGUGGAGUGAGACAGUGCCAAUAGGGCUGAAAGCGGGAAGGUACUUGGUAAGACAUGAGAUCAUCAGCUUGCAUUCAGCGAAUAAACCACAAUUUUACCCUGAAUGCGCGCAUUUGGAAGUCACGAACGAUAAAGAGGAAGGCUCAAUUCCCAGCGAGGAGUAUAUGGUCAAGAUUCCAGGGGUGUGGAGUAUGGACCAACCUGAGAUCAAUAUCGACAUUUACAGUCCUGAGGUCUCGGCAAAGACGAUAUACAACAUCCCGGGCCCACCUGUAUGGACUGGGUAGCUGUGGGUCGACAUGUAGAAGGCAUGAUGGAUUGAGCACGCCCUGGAAUGACGGUCCAGUCAAUCGAGGAUUUGCACAUCACAAUUCAGUUAUCCUCUGUGGCGCAAUUGGCUAGCGCGUCUGACUGUUACAGCUUGCAGUAGCAGUCAUCAGGAGGUUGGAAGUUCGAGCCUUCCCGGAGGAGUGAAUGAUUUUG